AUUGUGCAGAAUUUUUGGUCCUCUUGGGGAUUUUAGGAAAAAGAGAAGCUGGCUAAGCAUGCUCAUACAUAAGAUAUCGGUACCGACGCGCCGAAUUGCACAUGCGCAAACGGAUCGAUUCACCGCAAGCCCAGGCAGUGUGGCACCGUUGCUCCCGUGGCAAGCGUCUGUGCGUAAAAAAGAAUUAAAAGUUAAAAUACGCAUUGAUUUCGAUUCUGUAGUGCCAGUGUCAAUCCAAACCGAACGCCAUCUAAAAGGGAUGUCAUUCGUGUCCCAAACAGUCGCCGGACUAAGUAAACCACGGCGGGAAGAGCCCCCCGCGCCCCCCCGCCAAUACUGUCCCCAGGCCAAGUUACAGCUGUCCAGGAAAAACAGCCUUCCCGAAUGGGACCCUCCCACCCGCGCCAGAAAGAACAGCCUACCCACUAACAUCCUGGAUACGGUGGCUGAAGACCAGUGACAGUC